AUGAGUGGCGGCCAACCACAGUCCGAGAGCAGCAGGGUUGUCUGGAAUGUCGCGCAACACCUUACGGCGCGGAACGGAUUCCCGUGCCUGCUGCAGCUGGAAGACGCUCAGGUGUGUGUCGACUACCCCGCAACGCACCACCCCUGCUGUUGGACGUGUGCCAUGCUGCGUCCGUUGUGGGAGAGCUUCGCCGCCAGCGCCGCGGGGGGAGGAGCGGGGAAAAAAGCCACCAGUCCUCUUCAGAGCGACCCGCCAAGGGGUUCUUCUUCCGCCUCCUCAUUUGGAACCUGCAACAGUCUCACGGAGCUGUCGCAGUCCAUUUACUUGCUUUUUAAGCGGCAGCAGCAACAACGGCCACCGUGUGGAAGCGUGAAUCGGCUACGCUACAUUCAUCUUGCACCUCCUGUGGUGCGUAUUGGAAAGGGGAUUUCAGGUACGCUGUCAUUUACAUUUUCGCUGCGCCGCUGCGAGGAUGUGGGUGAGACGACGUCGGCGUUGUUCCCGUCUUUUCUCGCAGUUGAAGUGUGUGAUUCGAUUGCUGAUUUUAUAACGAUCACCGUGUUGGAGGCUCGGCGACGUCCAUCGCACGGUAAUAUGACACUCCUGUUACUACAAAGCAUCGACAAGGCGGGGAAGGUGGCAACAUAUAGCACGUUUGAUGCGGAGUUACGCAUUGGGUGUUUCCAGCCGUCUUUCUUGUCGUCAUUGCCGUGUGAAUUGCCCUUGUCAUUUAGGGUCUACGCUGCCUUUUACAGUUCUGUGGAGGCGCAGCUUCUUCUGGACGAGCCCUUCAUGCACCUCUGGGAGUGGAAGCCAAACAUGACGCAAGAGGAGCGUUUCGCCGUCGUCAACCCCAAAAUGGACCCCGCGGUCGCCUUCUCCGUGGAGCGACGACGUCGUGCAAGUAUGGAGCGUCACAUCCGCGCUGCAGUAGCUCAGAUGGACGGCAUUGGAGAUGCGGAGGGUUUGAAGUACUCGCCGUCUUCGUUGCUGGGAGCCAAACUUCGUCACAUCGCGACUGUGCAAACGUCUCGCGGUAUUGUGAUGGAGCCAUGCACGCAGCCGGGGAAUGGCACGCUCGCGGCCGUGAUGCCGCGCGACAUUUCUUGGCCUCUUCAGCUUCUAGUUGCCGACGCUGGAGGUAACACGUGGCGAUCUCCUCCCAUCGCAGGCUCCUCAUCCUUGGAAAGGCUGGCGUGCGAGCUGAGCUAUCUGGAGGGGCGGAGGAGUGGUGCGGAUGGUAAUAAUGCGCAUCUGGAUCCGAAGAAUAAAGCGGAGUAA